UUGAAAUUUGCAUUUAUUUUGGUGAAGGUAAUUAUAACCGUUAUAAGAAAAAUAAUGGAGAAUGAGCAAUCAGAGUCAGUUUCGUGCGGUUAUGCAUGUAAGAGUAUAUGUAGGUUUCACUGGAGAGGAAUAGCAAUGAUACUUGUCCCUUUAAUGCUUUCACCAAUUUUUAUCAUGAAUUCGGGAGAAGAUGCAUUUCUUUGUUUAUAUAUCGUUUGUGUUAUUGGCAUCUUUUGGAUAACAGAAGUGCUACCGCUACAUAUCACAUCAAUCAUACCUGCCUUUUUACUACCCAUGGUUGGCUUAUUGGAUUCACACACCGUGUGUGCACAAUAUUUUAAAGAUCCGCUAGUUAUGUUCUUAGGUGGACUUAUGCUAGCACUCACAGUUGAGUAUUGUAAUUUACAUCAACGCAUUGCACUUAUUACAAUUAAAAUUGUUGGUUGCAGUCCGAGGCGCCUGCAUUUAGGUUUAGUGUUGGUGGGUUCAUUUAUAUCUAUGUCAAUGCCCAAUUCGGCAACAACUGCAAUGAUGUGCCCAAUAAUAAAAGCAAUCCUCUUAGAGCUUCAUGAUCAAAAGAUCAUAAAUAUAUAUGAUCUGAGUUCUGAGAAAGAGCAAAAUGAAAGAGACAAAAUUCCAUCAAAAAUAGCUGUAGGUUACUACUUAAGUACCGUAUACGCAAUUACAAUUGGUGGUUGUGCUACUCUAAUCGGUGCGGAUACCAACUUGGUGUUCAAAGCUAUAUAUGAAACACGCUUUCCUGAGGCUGAUGCAAAACUUGACUUUCCUAUAUAUAUGUUAUAUGCUAUGCCUGUGUGCAUUAUUGCAACUUUCUUAAUCUGGUUAAUAACUGAAAUCACGAAUUUCGGAUUUGGUCGUCCAAAUAGUAAAGAGAGUAAAGAGGUUUCUGCCGGUAAUGAAAAUAUAGCAAUUAUGAAUCAAAUAAUUAAUCAAAAGUACAAAGAAUUGGGUCCAAUGACAUGUCACGAAAUACAAGUUGUUAUAAUAUUUUUGAUUAUGAUAAUUUUGCUCUUUACACGUAGUCCAGGAUUUUUCGUAGGAUGGGCCGAUAUAUUAAAUGAAAAACAGAUUGAAAGCUCUAUGCCUACUACUCUUGCAUUCUUUGUAUUAUUUAUUUUCCCAAUAAAGUACAUUUGUGUCAGAUUUUGCAAAGGAAAAGCUAAAUAUCCAAAUAGAGAAAUAUUUUCGCUGAUUGAUUGGGUAUUUUUAGAAAAAUCGGUUCCAUGGGGUUUAAUGUUCCUGUUAGGUGGCGGUUUUGCAUUGGCCGAAGCGAGCAAGCAAAGUGGUAUGACUGUAAUGUUGGGAAAGUCACUGGCAUUUGCACAAAACUUUCCCCACUACGUGGUGCAAUUAAUAUGCAUUAUAACUGGUGUUUUCUUCACAACUUUCAGUGCAAACGUUGCAAUAUGCAACAUUCUGAUACCAGUAGUGUGUGAGAUGGCUGUUGCUAUAAAGACACAUCCAUUGUACGUUGUAUUUCCUACUGGUAUAGCCGUUAGCAUUGCCUUCUUGCUUCCUGUUAGCACACCACCAAAUGCAAUUGUGCAAGGAUAUACGAAUAUUCGAACGUCGGACAUGACUUUUUGCGGUAUUGGACCAACCAUUAUAUGCAUCAUAUUGCUAUUUGUAAACGGACAAAUAGGACAUUUACUUAUUUAUGGAUCAGCAGAAGCUCCUUCUUGGGCGUUGAAGUAAAUAUAUGCUCCAAUUUGAUCCAAAAGAAAAGCAAAAAAUAUAGCUAAUAUUUUUCUUUUAAUUAACAAUAUUUAACAUUUAUAAAAUAUUUGUUUUUCAAAUUGUUAAAUUAUUUUGCUAUUCAGUUAAUGAUAUUCGGGUGUAUUGUUCGUAUGUUAUAUAUAUCAAAACAAAUUAGC